UCUGUUAAUUGGGUUGGAAAUUAGCUUUUAAUAAUCAAUAAAUGGAUAAAUACCACGAUAAUACAAAGAUGAUUCUGUGACACUGUUUUACUUUUCCCCUUCAGUGUUUACAUUUUUUGCCAGUCUGGGGAUAAAACCAGGAACAUGCCCAACCCACCUGGGUAUUCCUAUUUAAAAGUGAUACUAACCUGUCCCACACACACACACACACACACACAUGCUCAAAGCAGGUGGAGUCAAACAGCAGCAUGUGACAAGGUGCAGACUUUUAUAGAGGUGUGCUGUGUGAUAAGAAACCACACUUCCAGUACGGGGCCUGGCAUGGAGGCAGACUACACUGCAGCGUUCCCACAGAGUGUGUCAGAGAGUGUGAGUUUUGAAUAGACUGAUCACUGUGCAUUUACCAUGACGCUCAACGGUACUCUGAGAGGAUGGCAGAUUGAUUUUCUCACCACAGAGUACUUAGUGCUACUCACCCCCAGCGUGAUUGGGAGUUUUUCUGUCCUGGUGGUUUCCAUAGUGAGAUGGAGGCAUCUGAAUGAACAGGUGCACCUCCUGGUGCAGCUCGCACUGGCAGACCUCCUGGCCGCUCUGAUCCUGAUGUGCACCAGUGCCAUGAACAAAGCUAGCAUUGAAUACAGCGUAGAGAUCUGUCAAUACAGCCUGCCGCUGUCACUGACGUUUUACUUCAUUUCAUUUCUGCUGGUGGUGGUUUACGCAUGGAAGUCGAACAGCGCAAUCCAAGGCUGGAGAGCAAGACCCAUAGGAGACGAGGCCAGACAGAGUCCCUGCAGAAGGAGAAUAAUCACUUUACCUGUAUAUGCCAUUGUGUGGUUGAUCCCCAUUUCAAUGUAUUUAGCAUACGUGCUCACCCCCUUUAUAAAAAGUGCUUCGGUGAUACCAGGCACUGGCAUAUCGGUGAGCGGGACCGUCCCUUAUAUUGGCAAAUACUGCAGCAGCUGUAUUUUGUUCUUGCAUGUCUGGAGAGAUUCCUGCUCUGAUGAUGAAAAAAACCACGAUAUCAUGAUCCGAUUAUUUCUUCUCAUCGUUGUGAUAUCAGUGCUGCUGACCUGCUCUGUCAUUUACUACAAGGUUGGUAAAUGGUACAAGAGACAUGAGCAGGAGGGGCUUUUCCCUGUGGAGGGAGACGGACGUUCAAGGAAGAGAUUUAAAAGAGUGCUUUCUACAGCAAGAAACAUGAUGAUGGUCAUUUUAUUCUGCUGGGCGCCAGUGAUUGUCCUAAUUCUGCUGUCGUACCUGAUGUACUGGACCAAGGUUGAACAACACAAUCUGUUUGUUCUUUAUAUAAUACAGGCUGCCAGCAUUUCCCUGCAAGGCUUCCUGAACAGUAUGGUUUAUGCCUGGAGAAGGCCCAACUUCACGGAGGCUGUUCUGGGAGAGAGCACACCCCUGGUGGGAUACAAUCGCCUUGCCUUCUUUGAUGAAUCACUGAGGAGCUCGUCCUGUUGACUCCAAACGCACUGAGAGACACUUUUGUGCUGCAGCGACUUGCACUGGCCUGAGGAACACUGGCUGCAUGCCCGCAAGGUUCUUCACUUCAUCGCAGUUUAGACUGAAACGUCCAGCGUUCUCCUUCACAGACUGAGCAUGAAGAGAAACAAAAUGGAAAGAGGUUUUUUUUUCAAACAAGCAACGACCGAUGCAGUGUUUUUCAUUGCAACUCCUGCAGCAUAGUAGCAUUUUUUUAGUACAGAUGGUAACAAAAAGGACUUCUGGAUAAAAUGUAGAAUUGUGAUAUUACUAUAUCUGUGCUCCUCAAGUUUUUUAAGAUUUUGAAGAAUUCUUGAUUUACUGUGGUGUUGGAUUUCUUUGUUUUGUCAGCUAUAUAUUUAUAUUGUUAA